AGACGAACAACGCAUCUUUCUGAACCAGAAGCAUCAUAAGUUUUCGCCGCUAUCCAUCCCCCUUUCCCUUCUAUCGAUGUCCUCAGCAGCCGCCGGGUCGGCGCCGGCGAGUCAGUACGACCAUUUGUUCAAGCUGCUGCUCAUCGGCGACAGCGGUGUUGGCAAGAGCAGCAUCUUGCUGCGGUUCACCGACGACGAGUUCAACGAGCGGCAGCUGUCGACCAUCGGGGUGGACUUCAAAGUCAAGUACAUGUCCCUCAACAACAAGAGGCUCAAACUCGCCAUAUGGGACACUGCUGGGCAGGAGAGAUUCAGGACCCUCACCAGCAGCUACUACAGGGGCGCCCAGGGGAUCAUUCUCGUCUAGUGAGGGAGAUGACCACCACACAACUCCCAACCGACUGACUCACCCUGUGUGCAUGUGUCGUGUGUGUGUUUCUGGUAGUGACUGUUCGUUGCGGUCAACGUUUGACAACCUCAAGUCCUGGCUGGAGGAGGUGCGCAAGUACAGCACCAACCAGGACGCCGUCAAGAUGCUCGUCGCCAACAAAAUCGACAAGGUAUGUAUCACUGACCGACACACGCUCACAGUGCAGUGCAACACACUCGCCAUGUGUGGUUGGUUGGCGCAUUGCGUAUCGAUCAGGCGUCGGCGCAUGGCGUGUCGCGAGCGGAGGGUGAGGAGUUUGCGAUGAGCCACAGCAUGCUGUUCAUCGAGACGUCAGCCAAGACCCGCAAGGGCAUCCACCAGGCCUUCGAGGAGGUCGUCCUCAAGGUCCUCGACACACCCUCUCUACUCGCUAACACACAACCAAUCGGUACACACAGCACAGCACAGCACAGCAAGCACAUCACAGCGGCUGGAGCACACUCCUGUGCGUAUGCCUGGUGUGUCAUGUGUUGUGUCAGGGGCGCGUCUGGACUCUGCAGAGGGCGCCAGCAAGCCGUCCUCAAGCUGCUGUUGAGCAGGCAGGCCCCGAUGUUCCUUUGCCCAUAAUCCCCCAGUGAGUCGGUCAGUCAUUUUGGCGUUUUUGGGUGGGGACGUCAGUUGCUGGUUAGUCAGAUGGAAUGCAGCGGUGAGGCUGCCUCCAUCGCAGCCAGCUUGCGUGACGAAGUGUCGAGUUUGGCCACCGGUGUCGACACUCACUCACUGGCGGGAUGUAUGUCUGUGUGGCGCCAGACAUCUGUCUAUCGCACGUGUGCAUGGGUGUGCGUGGUUGAUGGAUGGAUGGAUGCUGCUCGGCAUCGAGCACAGACAGACCGACUUGCCUGCCUCAUUGAUUGUACAUUAGCCGACCUGGACGGUGACGAUCGUCAAACGUGUGCAC